GUGUCAAUUUGAAAGUAUAUACAUUUACAACCAUGUCGUUAGUGGAGAAACGCGACAAUUUAAUCCACGUGCCGUGGUUUUCUGUAGAAGAAUGGCUGCAAGUCUACAAAAACAUCUAUUCUGGCGAUUCCAGUUGCCAGAAAGAGGCAUACGAAAUGCUUCUAGUUUGGAAAGCAAGAAUGUCAAUCUUACCUAUUGGUGUAGAAUGUACACUAGGUCUUUUGCAAGCAAGUCUGAGGGAUCAAGAAUGGACUCCACAAAUAUACAGUGGCCAAAAACCAUUGACUUACGAAAAAGAUUUACAAAGUAUAUAUUCUAUGGCCAUAAUGAAAUUUCUAAAUCACAUGCCAAUAGUUCAUCAUGAUAAGCAAACUUCUUUAUUUGAUAUUGCAAAGAAUUUUAAUAUUCCUGAUUGGAUUGUUAAUUUGAGACAUGACACAGCUCAUGGUUCUGAAUUACCUUCUAUUGAUGUUAUGAGGAUCGUUUCUAAUAAACUUCUUGCUUGGGUUCACGAAGAAUAUUGGGCAGCCGAAGCUAGACAUUUACAAGUACAUGAGCUAGAUGAUAUUGAGAAAAUUAUUUCAGAAGAAGAAGGAAAUUUAAAUAAACUUUUUGAACUUUGGGUUGCCAUCAACUUAUACAUCAAGACUGAUCAUCAAAUCAUUUCUGACAUACCAGAUCAGAGUAUAAAAGAUAAUCUGAAUUUGAUAUGGAAAAAACUAAAUUUAUCUAAUGCAGCUCUCAAUAGUGGAAUAACAUUACAUGAAAAAAAUGAUGAUUUAAAAUUGUCAAUUGUAUCAAAUUGUCUUUUUGAUGGAAUUUCAAAAAUUUUGAGUAAAACUAGUUCUUUUUCUACAACAGGAAAAGUUAUUAUAGAUUUAAUUUUGAAUAGUGAAGCUUUCUUGGCAGCACCAGAAUUUUUGAAAAUUUUUGAAGCAACUACUGACACAAUUGAUCAAAAAAAUCAUUUACCAGUAACUUUGAUCGAAUUUUGGAAAGAUAUUUUGAGAUUAUUACAAGAUAAAAAAAUUUUGAUUUCACUUUGUAUUCAAAUGAUAGAAUUUGUAAACAAAGAAAAUGAUAAUCGCAAAAUACUUUUGGCUUCUUUGUGGGUGAAAACAUUGCUCAGAUCUUUUUUAAAGCUGAACGUUUCAAAACAAAUUUAUCAAUCUCUGGAGCAAAAGUUUAAUCACAACAAAGUUGAAAUAUUACCCAAAAAUUUGAUAAAACUUGUAAAAGAAGAAAUUGAUCUAUCUUAUCCAGAUUUAAAAGAAGUACCAGACCUGAAUAUUUUUAGCGAUUUUCCCAGCUGUUUAAAUGAUCGUUCAUAUUUCCAACAACUAGUAACAAACAAUUCAAAAGAAGUAGUAAAGAAUUACAUAGUAGAAAUAGUAGAAUUAUCAGAUGUGGUAAAAAAUGAUCCAAUUAAGAAAGCAAAAUUACUGAACCUAUUAGGAGUAAAUCCACAAACAGAUGUAAAUAUGGUAAUUGAUGCUUCUGAUGAUACUCAUGAGGAUACAAACGAAAUAUCCUUAACAGAAAAUACAGAAAUGAACAUCCAAACAGAAAAAUUGAAAUCAUUGGAAAAAAAUUUAAACGAAAUCGAAACGUUCGCAGACAACGAAGUUCGCAAUACUAAAUGGAAAAUUGCCGAUGAUUCAGAAAAUCAUGAUUGGAGUAAUUGCCCAAUAGGCAUUCUUCCGUGGCAAAUGAAUACCCCUCAGACUCUGUCAUCACUGAUAGUAUCCCCAUCAAAGGUACGACAUGCAGUUGCAAGGAGUGUAAAUUUGCCACGUAUUUUAGAUUCUAAUGGUAUUAGAUUACAUACUAAAAUUCAGUGGGAAGAACUUGAAGAAAAAAGAAGAAGAAAAAAACGCCAAAAUGUGCUGAAACAACAGAAUAAAUAG